UCUGUUUAAAUCUUUGGUUUAAAUUACGAUUUAAAUGUUUACGUGAUGUUUACUAAACACAGUUACCUGCAGCAACCUGCAGUUACUAAAAUAACGAAUUGAAUUAAUUUUAGGUAUCUUAAUUAUUAUUUAUAGUUUUAUAUAAUAUGGCUGAUAGACUCACACAACUUCAAGACUGUAUUAAUCAGCAAGCAGAACAUUUUUGUAAUAGUAUUGGCAUAUUACAACAAUUUGCUCCUGCCAGUAAGUUUCCAAAUUUUGAUAGAUCCGGAUCACAAACACCACAACAGCAAAAUCAGGAGGAUUAUGUUCAACUAUUUACUACACUUAUUGCCAGAUGUGCAAAAGAUAUUGAUACACUUAUAGAAUCACUCCCAAGUGAGGAAAAUUCUACAGAAUUACAAUUAGCUAGUUUACAACAAUUAGAACAGGAAAAUCAAGAAGCUGCAGAUCGUUUAGAUGCUGUAGUAAAAUCAGGGCAGGAAUUAUUAGAAAAAAUUCAAGCUGCAUUAAGUGAUAUUGCCCAAGCUCAGUUAGAUAUGCAGCAUCUUACCAAGACAACUGGAGGAACUAAAGAAUGAUUAAGGGGGAUAAGAAGAGUCAGGAAUUCAAGCAGUGGAUACAUGAAUUUCAUGAAAAUAAAUUCAGAAAAUUUUCUAUGUAUUCUCGAUACAUGUAAAACAGCUUCAUAAAUAUUUAUCUCUAUAUUUCAAAAAGCAUAGGUUCUAAAAAAUAGGCAUAAGGUUGUCUUUUAAUAUCAAAUUUUUAAUAUUUUGAAACACUGUUUAAUAUUUGAUAUAAAAAAAAUCACUUACUGAA